AUUUAUGCUAAAGGUAAUUGGAUUUUUAUUAUUGAUACAUUCAGCCAUCUCAUUAAUCAGAUAUAGAAAACAUUUAAUCUACAAGGACAUGGCUGAUUAAUAUCAUAUACCUUUGGAUGUAAUAAUACAUUUAUAAAUCUGAUAGAUCUUAUUGGAAAUAAUUGUGGGAUUUGCUUUGAAUAUGUUUUUUGGAGUUAUUAUGGAUAAAAAAUUUGCUAACAUUCAUGAAUUUGCUCAUAAAAAGACGUACACCUUGAAUUUUACUAUCAUAGCUAUGACUAGGCAUUCUAAAGACCUAAUUUCAGAUAACCUGGGGGUAGAGGAGGAGUAUUAUAAUCUGUAGUAAAAGAUAAAAUUGGAAAUUUUGACAUCAACCAUUGAUAAAUUUG